AUGAUGAUUCCGUUUACUACAUAUAAUACACAAAAUGACAUUAAUAAUGUUAUUACCACUUUACAUGAUAGUGUAGGUAAAGGCCGUCAGGCCUUCCCGGAGGCCGUGUCCAAGGUGGACCAAAAAAUCAAGAAGGUUAUGGAUCCUAUAAAUCGUCUACAAAAUGAAAUACAACGUCAUAAAGGUAAGUUAGAAUGUAAUGUGAAAUCGUUGUUUCAGGCUCUGGAGGCUUUCAAGGUGAACGCUGAGAAUGACGAUUUGAAGGAAGUGUAUGGGCUGGCGGUUUUCAACCUUAAAUCAACUCAAUUUUGCGAAUUGGAAACCUCCGUAUUUGACGGCCUUCAGAAGUCCUUUGACACGGUGAGCGGUGCGUUGGCCAAUCUUAAGAAUAGGGAGUCUCAAGUAUUGGUUGAAGAUGAGAAAGGGAGGCUUAAGAAAGAGGUUGAACAGUUGAGUAAACGCUUGUCUGAACUUGAAGAGGUUGGUGAUACGGUGAAGGUGCCGAAUAAAACCCUGAGUGAUUACGAGCAAAUGGGUGAAGAUGAUAAUGUAUGGGAUUUGAGAAGUCCGAUAAAAUCGCUUAAGCAGGAGCUGAAUGAGAAGUUUAAAAAGUAUGUGACAGAGUAUGUCAAGAAAGUUCAGACGGAAGUACAGAGCAUUAAAGAAGAUAUGAAGAAUGUGAAUCUGAAAGGAUCUGUUCCAGGCGGUAAAAUAUCCAAGCUCCACCGGCAAGCCAAAUCGGUCAAAGAUGACAUUUUUAAAUUAGAUGGCCAACUUCAGCUGGCUGCCGGUAAAAUUGGCAAAACUAUACAUGACUCUGUAGAGCAAGUUGGCACAGCGCUUACCACGUUGGACACAAAAGUGAAAUUUGAUUUGGAGAAGUUGGAAGGACAGGUUAAGGGUUUGUUCGGUGACCUUAAACGCAGUUCGCAAGGAUUUUGUGAUAAAUUUAGUGCAACUAAAGGAGCACUUUUUCAAGCUAUCACUGUCGUGGAGAGUGCAAUAACGAAAUUGGGAACUCUUGAUCAACUUGAGAGUAUUGAUACGUCUAAGCUUAGAGACCUUAAAUUAUUAACUGCGCUUAAGAAAGGCGGCGUUGAUCCCUUCGACUCUCUUAAACAGUAUUUCCAGAAGCUUGACAUCCAAGUCAUGCAACCUGUCAAGGAGGCGAUGGAGAAGAUUAAUGAAUUGGUUAAGAUAUACGCUGGUUACUACGGAGUGAAUCGCUUACCAGAUGAACUAAAGAAAUCGCCGGUUAAUGAAAGCAUAACCACCGCCUUAAAAUCUCUUACAACUAUUAGUAAUCUCACUACCCUGCCGAAUCUGACUAAUGUUAAAUCACUUCUCGGAAACAUCGUAUUUGACGAUCUAAAUACAGAAUUUUCCAACGUGCUUCCUGUCAUAAAUAACCUCAAAACGAAGUCCGUGGAGAAUAUAAGCAAAGAUGAAUUGGAAUCCCUCCUCCCCAAAUUAGCUGAAAUGGCCAAAGCCGUCGCCACGCACUCGCACAGUGUGGUCAGAGCAGUCAUCGAUGGUGUCAGAACUGAAGUCCAAACAGAAAUUCAUAGUGUUGCCCAGGCUAUAAAUUCUAAAGUGAAUAAGAUUAAACAAGGUGUAAAUAAUGGCAGUGCCGGUGACAUAAAAGUUGAGUACGGCGGCGGCGGCGAAACGGAAAACGUUAGAGGACUCGAGUGGUUGGUGACUGAUUUUACAAGCAGCAUCAAUACUGUGAUUCAAGGACUUGAUAAGCAAGUGGAAGGUGCCUUUAAGAAGGGUAGUGGCUCGAAUGAGUAUAAUAUUCAGGAAGCCAUGCCGCAAUAUUACAACUGGGUGAAGGAGGACGGCACCCAAAAAGAAACCCUUAAAGCCAAGAUCGCUGCCAUUAAAACAGAUCUGAAGGACUAUUUUAGGGCUGGUGAUGUUAAUAGGUUGUCCAGUUUCAAGCUUGAUAAAGAUGGCCCGUUCAAAGAAUAUUACUCAAGGAGGCAAGUAGCCACGGAAGUCAUCGGAAGAGUACUCGAGAAAAUAGGUAUACUUGAAGGAACCUACCCUACUGUUGAGGCGCUUGACACCUAUCUUGAGAUGCCAUGGAUGACUCGGGUGACAACCUUCCAGGAACGUUACCGCCCUCUCCGGAAGGGGGAUCCAUCUCGCCGACAAAAUCGAUGCCCGAGUUAG